AUGUCAGAGAGUUCACGCCUUUUACCGCCUCCCUAUUUCCAAUCGGAGGAAGAGCCUCCCGAAUAUGAGUACACUUUUGAAAAACCUAAGGAGCCUGUGGAGUCUGACAGUUUCGAGGAGUCGUUCAAGAUUGCUUCGCCAAAAUACCAUGACAAGGUGUUUACCUUAAUCUUUUUUGCCACACUGGUGCUAUUCGGCAUUAUGGCGAGCCACAGCAUAAAGAACAUCAAGAACCAUGAAUACAUCCUUCAAAUACAGGCCGCCGCAAACCCGUCUUUGUGGCCUCUGGUGGUCUCAGCCUUUGUGAUCCCAAUAGUCUGCUCUGUGGUGCUGCUUGUACUGGUGUGGGCCUAUCCGCUCUUUUUUGUCCUCGCAGGUUACUUCCUUCUUCCGCUAGUGAUGUUUGGGCUCGCCACCAGUCUGUUUGCAACGGGAAAACCAGGAGCAGCAGGAAUCGUUCUCUUUGUGGGAUUUUUCCAAAUAUGGUACCUGGCAUCGAUCAGAAGAAAUCUGAGCUUCACUAGCUUGGUGUUUCGCAUUAUCAUAGAGACCAUGGCAGAUUAUCCCUCGACACUAGUGGUUUCAUGCUUGAGCUCCAUUGUUUCAGGCAUAUGCUCUCUGGGCUUUUUUGUGCUCGCCGCAAUCAUCGCUUACGACCGCCUCAAACAAGACGACGCCAACUGUCCACACGAGGACGGCAAUGACGUUUGUGUGUCCAACACCACCCUUGCAGUCGAGUUAUUCACGCUAUUCACCGGCUGUUACAUAUUUGAGGUUCUCGAAAAUCUCACUCACGUGACCAUCAGUGGAAUAUAUGGGUCGUGGUAUUUCUUCCACCGAUCUGCAGUGAAGCCGCGGAAUCCUGCCUGGGGGUCGUUCAAAAGAGCCAUCACGUACUCUUUUGGAAGCAUCUGUUUUGGAUCGAUAAUUGUGCCGAUUACGCGCACAAUCAGACAGAUUAUCACCUUUGGAAAGGAAAAAGUGCUCAACAGACAAUACGGCCGCGACGAGGAAGAGGAAAAUGGACUGCUAUUCUGUGCUCUGAUCUGUCUGUUUUCCAUACUCGAAUGGCUUGCAGACCAGGCAGAGUUCUGGAUCAAGUGGUUUAACAAAUUCGCCUUUUCAUAUCUCGCGCUCUACGGAAAGGACUACCUGUCGUCAUCCAAAGACACUUACGAGCUGCUGAGAUUUAGAGGUCUGCUAGUUCUAGUGACAGACUGUUUAGUGGAGUCGACCUUGACGCUGUACUCGAUUCUAAUCUCUUUGACGAGCGGAGGCGUCUUCUACCUACUCUACAAAACGACAUCCUUGUUUGAUCGUCUGCCUCAGGAGUUUGUGAUUCUGGCAUUUAUAGUGCAGCUGCUCUUGGGCUUAUUCAUCGCCAAGGUGACGCUCAACUCGUUUAAUUCCGGCUUCAUCACGUUCCUGGUCGCCCUAUGCAUUAACCCAGAGGUCUUUGAGCAGAACUACCACGACUACUAUGUCAAGCUCACUAAUUACUAUCCAGAGAUCAGCCAUACAUUAAAGACUCCAUUUCCGGACUAUGUAUAA